GGAAAGCACAGCUGGAGAUCUGACUACAGGAAGGAUGAAGAAUCCACGCAGGCUCUGCUUCGGAAGCUGGAAAACGUUGAACUGGAAUCUAUCAGCUACCAGUCCAGGAUGCUCAAACUGAGGGAAACGGGGAACAAUCUUUCCAGCAUCAGCCACCCUGACAGGGAGUCCAUGUUGAAGAAGCUCCAGGAAGUGGAAUCGGAAUAUGAUUUGCUGCUGAAGUUGACCCAGAGUCUACAGAAGAAGCUGAUGGACCGAUACCAUUUGUACCAGUUUGAGCAAGAGUUCCAGGAAAUGACCACAUGGCUGGCCAGUCGGCAGCGCAUGGCUGAUUCCCAGGACUACGGCCAAGAUCUGGAAGAUGUGGAGGUAUUGCAAAAGAAGUUUGAGAACUUGGAGAAGGAGCUGAGCACCCUGGGCCAGACCCAGAUGUCUGCAUUUCACGAUGAAGUGAAAGCGCUGAAGAGACAGUCUCACAGCUUCCUGCCGGAAAUUAUGGAUCAGGCCAACGCGAUUAACCAGCAGUGGCACAAACUGCAACAAGCUGUGAGCAACCGGGCCGAGAAUCUGAGGGCAGCACAGCAGGUACACCGGUUCGACUACGACGUGUCUGAGCUGAAGGCCUGGAUUCAGGAGAAAGACGGCGCACUGGGCAAUGACAACUAUGGCCACGAUUUAAAUCAAGUGCAGACGCUGCUACGGCAACAUGAAAGUCUAGAGAGGGAGCUGGGAGCCAUAAACGGGGAAGUUGACUGUAUUGGCGGAGAAGCUCGGAUGCUGGGUUUGGUGUAUCCACACGUCAGGGACAACCUACAGGAGCGGCUGUAGGAGGUGGCUGAGUCUUGGGAUAACCUGUAUCGGAAAGCCGGAGAGUACAAGGAGAGGUUACUGCAAGCUGAGCGAGUCCAGGCCUACGUGAGCAACUGUCGGGUUUUCCUGGCCUGGGUGAAUGAGAGGGAUGCACUGCUGGACUCGGAGGAACAGGCCAGGGGCAUUUUGGGAACAGAGCAACUCUGUAAGCAACAUGAUGAGUAUAAAUGUGAGAUUGACAAGCAAAGACCCAAAUAUCAAGAGCUGAGAAGUGCAGGAAACGAGCUGAGAGGGAACACACACGUCAUGUCGGAGGAGGUUGAUGAGAAGUUGAAUGAGUUGUCCGACAAUAUGGAUGAGCUUGUGAAGAAGUGGGAAAAGGAGAAGGAGCUGUGGAAGGAGACCCAGCUCAGACAACUCGAGCUGCUGGCUGCGUGGCUGAGCUCCAAGGAGGGACUAGUGACAAGCAACAACUACGGUGUAAGAUCGAUCUCCAGGCCUGUUCUUGCUGGCUGUUGCUGAUGCUCUGGAUUGUGACAGGAGACUGUAAGCAGGCGACUAGAGGGAAUUGGAGUUGAGAGGCAGUUACCUUGGUGUGUGUACAUUCCUUUGGCCAACAUUGCAAGCUACUCUGAUUCAGGUGAUGACAUAAAAACCAGUGAAACUGAGCUGAGCCAGGCCAGGCCAGGCCCCUCACCGUAAGCAUCAUGUUGGAACUGACAGGUUACAACUCUCAGGAAAGAUUGAACAUUGCAGAACACUUUUCUCCACCAAAGAGAGGGAUGUAGAUUAGCGUAAGCGGGGUCUUUAAAAUGACAUUUGACAGUCUAAUUGUUCAAAUGUGGGGAAGACCAGGGAUCAGGGACUGUUUCAUCCCCAAUAAAUCCUAUUCAGUGGUUGGGAAGGGGACUGUAAGUGGAAGUUUACAAUUGACCUGCGCCUCCAGCUGUCCCGUCGCCCUUCAGCGCUGACUUUCUCACGUCCCCUCUCAGGAUUCUGUCAACGAAGUGGAAGACCUGAUCAAGCGGCACGAGGACUUUGAGAAGAUGCUCGCAGCUCAGGAUGAGAAGAUCAGCCAACUGGAGAAAACGGUAAAGGCCGGGCGCGCAGCGUAGCUUCGAUCGAAACCUGUGUAUCUCAGCCUCCCAGGUGCACUGAACGUACAGCGAGACGAGGCUUAGUCUUAUUGUGUGCAACAGGUAGGACUGUGUAAUUUCAGACUCUUUAUUUGCUCGGUUUUGGGCAGAAGAGUUCCGAACAGAGGCGAGUGUAAAGGAGAAAGAGCGCAAAGUGGCCCGUGUCCCGUCGCUGAAGAGAAAGGGAUCGGAUAAGAAGCCAACGCCAUUGAAGAUCAUUGGAAAACGUGAUUCCGACCUCGGGAGGUCCCCCAAGUCCUGGACAAGAGAGACAAUUGUUAGCCCAGCUCCAAAGACCCCCUCAACGUCUGACCUGUUCUUCUCUCCAGAUGGGUCCGGGUACUGGAGAGGACAGGAGAUGGCCCCUCGUCCAGCCGCCUCUGUCACCAAAGUCCUUCAGUCUCCAAGCAGGGCGUCCAGAUGUGAGAGCUUCGAAUCCAACCAGAGCCGGUGUCUCACUGCCACCCAAAUUGCUCCCCCGGCUUCCGUCCAGUGAGGUGCAAGAUCCGACCUCGCUGGCUCGCGUUGGCACCAGCACCGAGGCAGCUACAGCCCAAAGGCUUCCAACCUCUGACGGCUCUUCCCAGGGAGAGCUUUGCCCGGAACGAGCAACAGCUUUGACUGUGGACCCUGCGACCGGACCCGUGGAGAGACAGGGGCCCGGGGACACAGCUGUUAUCACUCACUGGGACUCAACUGAGUGCUCAGCCAUCGAUCACAGCAACAUCGGGUGA